GUAUAAAAAGCCCAUGCCUUUUCCCACAUUCUGUGUCUGUCUAAAUAUUUUCACAAAUAUUAACACAUAAUUAAACAUUAAUCUUUUUGAAGGCGGCUGCAGGGGUUGAGUAAUUCUUCAGUUUGAAGGUAAACAAAUCAUUUGCUCAGUGUGGAAAAUUAGGGUUCAUCCUCUUUAGUAUUCUCUAGUCCAUUAAAAAGACCAGGGAAUGCUGAAAGAUGUGCUUAAGUGAGAUUGAAGCUCUAUUUAAGCUUUCCUUUAUACUUGAUGACAUUGCACCUCUAGUUUCAUCCAGAUUCUCGCAUCAAAUGCCAAAUCCUGCUAGAUAUUUUCAGGGUCAAAUAGUAUCGUAUCACGAUAUUAGUGAAGAUGGCUGAGUUGUUCAAUUCUUGAUAAAUCUUGCAUCUUGUAUAUAAAUAUUGAGUUUAAUUGCUCUGGUUUGUUGAAGUUGAUAUGGAGAGUAAGGGGAGUAGUGUACUAAUGGAAAGGUAUGAGUUAGGGAAAUUGUUAGGACAAGGUACUUUUGCUAAGGUCCAUCACGCAAGAGACGUCAAGACUGGAUUGAAUGUGGCGAUAAAGAUGAUUGAUAAGGAGAAGAUUGUGAAAGUUGGGAUGAUUGAUCAAAUCAAACGCGAAAUUUCGGUCAUGAAAUUGGUUAGACACUCUAAUAUUGUGCAGCUGUAUGAGGUUAUGGCGAGCAAAAAGAAGAUCUAUUUUGUGAUGGAAUAUGUGAAAGGCGGAGAGCUAUUUAAUAAGGUGGCUAAAGGGAAGUUAAAAGAAGAUGUUGCAAGAAAGUAUUUUCAGCAGUUGAUUAGUGCUAUUGAUUUCUGUCAUAGUAGAGGAGUUUAUCACAGAGAUCUGAAACCGGAGAAUCUAUUGGUUGACGAAAAUGGAAAUUUAAAGAUUUCAGAUUUUGGAUUGAGUGCCUUUGCUGAAUCUAAGAGACAAGAUGGUUUGCUUCAUACUACAUGUGGGACACCAGCUUAUGUUGCACCAGAAGUGAUAAACAGAAGAGGAUAUGAUGGUGCUAAAGCUGAUAUUUGGUCAUGCGGGGUGAUAUUAUAUGUCCUUUUGGCUGGAUAUCUACCAUUCCAUGAUUCAAAUUUAAUGGAGAUGUACAAAAAGAUUGGUAAGGCUGAGUUCAGAUGUCCUAACUGGUUCCCUCCUGAUGCUCGCAGGCUUAUAUCGAAAAUAUUAGAUCCAAAUCCAAGCACAAGAAUUUCCAUUUCCAAGAUAAUGGAGAAUUCUUGGUUCAAGAAAGGCUUGCAACUGAAACCAAUGCUUAAAGAUGCAGAGCCAAAGGAGGCAGCACUUGAAAAUGAUGAUGCUGUUUUUAGUGUUUGUGAGAAAACAGAGCCAAAGCCCGAAAUGGUGAAGCCUGCACACUUGAAUGCAUUUGAUAUUAUAUCAUUGUCAACUGGUUUUGACUUGUCUGGUUUGUUUGAAGAAAGAAACAAAAAGAGGGAAGUUAGAUUUACAUCAAGGCAACCGGCGAAAACAAUCAUCUCAAAGCUAGAGGAUGUAGCUAAGCGUUUAAAGUUGAAGGUGACGAAAAAGGAUGGAGGGUUAUUGAAGUUAGAAGGAUCUAAAGAAGGAAGAAAAGGAGUGUUAUCUAUUGAUACAGAAAUCUUUGAAGUAACUCCAAAUUUUCACUUUGUUGAGGUGAAGAAAAAUAGUGGAGAUACUAUAGAGUAUAAGAAGAUGAUGAAGAAGGAUAUAAGACCAGCAUUGAAAGAUAUUGUGUGGACUUGGCAAGGUGAUGAGCCACGGACUCUGCUGCCAGAAGAGGAAGAAUUUGACACUGAUUCACCUCAGAAUGCACUUUAGGAACUACAAUUACAUUGCCAAUGUAGUUAUGUUUUAAUGCUAGAAGAUCAACUCCAUUCUGUAUUUUCUUUAUGUUCUUGAUCCAAGCUCGAGUUUACUUUUACCUUUGACUUGGUUCACGCUAGCAGUGUAAGAAGUUGUUAUAUUAUCAUUGUAUUUGGUAGGUAUAUUGACUAACUUUUCAUCCACUUUUAUGAACCGUUGGUUUAAUAUUGACCAUCUUUUAGUGA